GAAGAAGAAGACUUAUUUCCAGGAUAAACAAGGAUAUGUGUUGAGUAACUAUCCUUGUGCAUGUUCGUUUCCGUUUCUAACCUUAAACGUCGCUAUUACAGUUUUGAUACUGUUUUAGGAAUACAGGACAACAGCAUUAUUUGAACAUACGCUGUAAGCUGUAAACUAUUCGACGUUAUGGCUGCUUCUGCUCAUGUCUCCAAAGUCCGCUCUUUGUACAAGAGGAUUCUGGUCCUGCAUCGGUUCCUGCCGAUAGAUUUAAAAGCCCUCGGUGACCAGUAUGUGAAAGACGAGUUCCGAAGACAUAAAAGUGCAUCUCCAGAAGAGGUUAAGAGCUUCAUGACAGAGUGGGAGAGCUACAAGGACACCCUGCAGACUCAGGUACUGGAGGCAGCAGGGGAGCAACUCAGAUCAGUCAAGUUCGGGGCCAGGCUGUCAGAGGAGAAACUGGGCAACUUCCAGGAGGAACAGAUAGGCCAACUGUACGAACUCAUGCUGGAAUCCACCAAACCCAACAGGCAGUUUGACAUCCAGGGGGACAGCAAGUGAAACAGCAAGUGAAUAUGCU